AUGGAAAUGGGCAGUAUUUAUCGAGAGGAUUCAUGUAGAAACAGUGAAGAUUUGGUACAUAAUGAAAUAGACAUAUACGAAGAAGUGGAUCGCAUAUUUUUUGAAAAUGUCGCCGACUAUUCAGAGAAUCCUUGCAAAUUGAUCGAAAAAUUGUCAAAAAAAUUCUGGAAUGAGUUCAAGACUUGGAAAUGUCUUCAUACUGAUCAAGUGAAACAAAAUGACUUAGUUCGGAUGCGAGGGAUGAUUUUAAAUGGAGUAGAUACAGAAUUUUCACUUAAUGGUGUGGUUACAGUAGAUAGUGACGGAAAUACUCAUGUUGUUUGUGGAAUUUUAAGGGAUUGUAUCCAGUGCUUAAAUAUAGAAGAAAUUAAAGGUAUCAGUCAUCGUUAUGUUUAUAAUGUGGUACCAGAAAGAGGUUCAGCGGAAUGGUAUACAAAAACCUUGAGUUGCAAAAAUCAUCAGAAAUCAGUUGAUGCAUUUCUGAAAGAUGAAAAAUCAAAAGUUUCCGUCAAGUUUUACAGCAGUGAAAGUGAAUUAUUUAGUCCCAAUAUGGUUUUUGAUUUAUAUGGCAUAAUUGAUUUAAACAAAAUUCCAGAUGAGGAAUGUGAUUUUAGCUCAGUUUCCAAAAGCUCUUUGUGCGAAGCUACAUUACAUGUCAUUCAUUAUGAACCAGUGGAUUGUUACAGCAUUUUAUCAGCUGUUUACCCAGAAGUACUAGACUGUCCUGAUGUGCAUGCACGCGGUAUCAAAGCAACUCUGGAUGCUUUGGAAAGGUUUUUGGACAGUAAAAUUGUGGCUGAACUUUUAGUCUCUCGGUUCAUAGUUUCGAGAUCCGCUCAGCCUGAAAAAUCAGUGGUUAAUUCACUUCCAUAUACGUUGAAAAAUGUCUGUGACAGCAAGACGAUAAUUGAGAUGAUCAAGCUUUUCAUAUCGAAGGUACACGUUAUCGAAAUGUCAGAAAAGAUGUUGGAAGAGUCAUGGGCUUCAUAUAUGAGACCUGAUGGUUGCUUUGAACAAGGCUUGUUACAAGUGUCGGAUGAUACUUUAAUAAUUAUUGAUGAGACAAAGUUACCAAUCAACGACUUAUCUCUCAGUAAAGAAGGCAUGAAAAAUUUUGAAAUAGUCUCUAAUUUUUUGUUAACUGGGAAUAUGCCAUUCAUUUUUCCAUACCAGACGGUAGAAAUCGAAUCAGGUGCUACUGUAUUCAUUCUGAGUGGAGAAAAAUGUUUUCUUGGUGAGGCAAAUAUGUUCACAAAGGAACAUUGUUCUAUCAAGUUACCAAAGUCAUAUCUGGUAGAUAUGCGUUUCAUACAACAGUAUGGAGUGGAACAUGACAGUGUACUUAACUUAUGUCGCCAUGCGCUUUUAUCUUGUCGUAAGAAUCUCGGCAACAUUGAAAUCGGGAAAGAAAUUCAAGAAUUAUCAAUCCAAGAAUUUUUGGAAAUGCAACAUAAAAAUAGAAAUACUGAACGGAAUUCCAAUAGGCUACAUCGGAUGCUAAUGAUUUCAAAGUGUUUGGCAUCAUUAAUGGGUCAAAAUUAUGUGGAUCAAAAAUGUUGGACAAGAGCUGUUGAACUUGAAAAUAGUUUACAUGAAUGA